AUGCUGCGAGCCCGUUUGGGCGCGGUCGUUCUUGUGUGCUGUUGCUGUGUGCUGGUGGCAGGAGCAGCAGAGUCGGUGACGCAACAGCAGCAACAGCACCAACAGCACCAACAGCAUGAUGACGCAUGUGCUGCCGCACGCCAUCAGCUUCAGAGCGUCAUGCGCAUGCAGCAGCCCACGCACUCACACUGGCUGUGGACCACUUCUGCGGCACACCUCACCCCGUCGUCAAUCGCCUUCGCAGAGCUGACACAACAACAACAACAACAACAACAACAACAACAACAACAACAACAACAACAACAACAACAACAACAACAACAACAACAACAACAACAACAACAACAACAACAACAACAACAACAACAACAACAACAACAACAACACCGCCAUCGUCGCUUCCGCCGUUCAGUGGAGGAACCGGCCCGCCGCAGCCGACCCAUGAUCGUCGUGUUCAAUCUCCGCAACCCAGAGCCCGCAGUCAUCAGCCGGCCACCCACCAGCACCGCCGCGGCUGCGCUGCAGGGCAUCGUGGCCGCAUACGAGCCAGCCUGGCUCCUCUUCCGCGGCACCGUCUACGCGGACGAUCUCAGAUGGGUGAUGGACAGCGCCGACUGGUCCAGCGUCACCACCCUCACAAUCCAGGGCCUCGUAGCCAUCACCUUCAACCCGGCCAUCCUCGCCUCCGCCGCCAACCUCAACACCCUCGUCCUCAGCAACAACCAGCUCUUCACCAUCCAGGCCGGCGCACACCCGCUGUCCAAGCUGGAGGUGUUGGAUGCACGCAACAACAGCCUGGUCGCCUUCCCGCCAGGCAUGUUGCAGGGCAUGCGGCAGCUGCGCGUGCUCAACCUCACCGACAACUUCAUCACCGCCGUCCCUGCACACGCGUUUGCAGACACACCGCAGCUGCAAGGGCUUGGCCUCCGCUCCAACCAGAUUGCAGCCAUCGACGCAACGGCAUUCCACGCCCUCACGGGGCUCUCCCUGCUCGAGCUCAACCGCAACCACAUCACCAGCCUGCACCCGACCAUCUUCGCCACGCAGCGCAACCUCACGCGCCUCUACCUCGAAGACAACGACCUCACUUCCCUCCCGGCAGGGCUGCUCACCGCCGCCACCAGCCUGCGCAUCCUCGGCUUUGACCGCAACCCGCUCGUCGCCGUGCCACCGCACCUUCUUGAUGCGUGCCGAAUCCUGAAACGCGUCACCUUCUUCGACACGCGCCUGACUUCGCUGCCCACGGCGCUGUUCCGCCCCCUGCCCGCCCUCCACUACAUCAGCGUGAGCGGCAACCCGUUUGGCACGCUGCACGUGGACACGUUCAGGGGCCUAUCCACGCUGCGCAGCCUCUACCUGAACCGCAACCGGCUGACGUCACUGCCACGUGGCAUCCUGCGCGAUCUGACGUCACUCGAAAACUUGGGUCUGGGCCGCAACGCCCUCACAGCCGUGCCAGAUGACCUGGUUGCGUCGACGACGCGUUUGCGGCUGCUCACGCUCAGCUUCAACCGCCUCACAGCCCUACCCGCCACCUUCUUUCACAACAAGCCAAACCUCUUUGCCGCGUACCUUGGCGACAACCAACUCACCCACCUUCCCCUGCAAGGCGCCGUGCUUCCCAACCUCACCCUCCUUGACGUCAAUCACAACCCCAUUACCACUCUGCCUGACGUCACGACCGCACCCAACCUGCAGACGCUGCGCAUGCGCGAUCACGCCAUCCCAACCAUCGACGUGCUCUCCAUUUUGGCACUGCGGGACCUGCGGCGCGUGGAAAUUUCAGCGCCAGUCGGCCCACGCGGCCGCGUGCUCUCCAGAGUCGUGUUUGACCCACAGCAGCAUAGUGAAAGUAAGCGAAACAGCAGUGCUGCUAGUGCUGCUAGUGCUGCUAGUGCUGCUAGUGCUGCUAGUGCUGCUAGUGCUGCUAGUGCUGCUAGUGCUGGUAAUGUUAUCCGUGCUGCUGCUCCUGCCACUGCUCCUGCUGCUGCUGCCAGUGCCCACGGCAGGCAGCGCCGUGAUCACCCGGCUGACAACCACAACCACGGUGCAGCAACUGGUACAUCGCCCAUCACCGCCCCGCCCCACCUGAGUGACGUGGACCUGACAAACGUCGCGCUGCCCCCGGCGUUUGUGCAGUUCAGCGCGCAGCAGAACCUGCGACUGCACCGCCUUCGCCUCGGGUGGCCUGGCAUGACAGACGUCACGGCACCCCUCAUCGUGCUCUGCAAGCUGCUGGCUGAGGACGUGGGCGAGCUUGGGCUCUUCAACACCGGGUACACGCGCAUGGAACUGUGCCCUGGAAAACGCUUCCACACUCUCUCUCUGCAGGACAACGCCCACCUGCUUGAGCUGUCUGCUCCACACAGCCUCGCCUCCCUCAACGUCUCUGGCUGCGUGAAGCUGGAGCGUAUGCACGUGCUCUCCGUGGAUGUGCUGGACAUCAGCCAGACACGCCUCCCCCUUCGCCCGCCACUGUGCACGGCGUGGGGAUCACGUGUGCUCGUUGCGCAACGCGUACGCCGCUCCACCGCCGUCAGCGCCGUGGACAUUGGCGCCCUCAUCUCCACGUGUCUCGCCAGGCUGAACCUGCUUGAUCUAUCAGAGAACGGGUGGCUGCGGCGCAUCGAACUUGUUGAAACGCAGCCCGUUGUCGUCAGCCCGCGGUCGUUCUGGACAGAGGACUUGGCAGACCUGCUCCAGAGCAGCGAGCGCAUCCCAAUCCUGCUCAUCAACCACGGCUCCGUCGAUUGCACGCUGCACCUGGGCAGCGCAGAGGUGCGCGAUGUUGUUGACACAACCGUCAUCACGCGGGAGCUGACAUACGACUUCCGCUGCCGCUGCUCGUCGCAGUUCACGCAGCGCAACGGUGCGUGCGUACCCGACAGACUUUCCUCCUCUGCCAUUGCGGGCAUCGUGCUUGCAUGCACGGCCCUGCUCGUAAUUGCGAUGGCCCUGGUCUACAGGCACUACCGCCGCCGCCGCAGAGGGCUGGAGGUGGAGAACGAGCUCAACAGACAGCUGCUGAGCGAGAAGGAGGAGGAGGUGAUUGCGCUGAAGAAGGCGUGGGAGAUUGGCUAUGAUGAGUUGACGCUGCUGCACCGCAUUGAUGCCGGGUCCGAGGGCGCGUUUGGAGAGGUGUGGCAGGCGCGCUGGGAGACGCUCACGGUUGCCGUGAAAAUCCUUCGUGAGAACGUGACGCUGUUUGACCCAACAACGGUGCUGGAGUUUGAGAAAGAGGUGGAGUUUCUGCAGCGCACACGGCACCCGCACGUGGUGCGGUUCUUUGGCGCAGGCACAGACCCCAACGGCAGCCCGUUCCUGGUGCUGGAGUAUGUGGCGAUGGGAUCGCUGCGCCAGUUGCUUGCACGCAACAUGUGCGACCAGGUGGUGUGGGACUUGAAACUGCAGCUCCUUCGUGAUGUGGCCAAUGGCAUGGCAUUUAUCCACAGCCUCGGCCAGUUGCACAGAGACCUGAAGAGCGGCAACGUGCUCGUCACGCCGGGACUUCGAGCGAAGAUCACAGACUUUGGGUCCAUUCGUGCUGUGCUCGGCAAGCCAUCAGCAGCAACGUCAACCACAAUCCCUCCGUUGUCGUCGCCAUCAUCAUCGCCAUCAUCGGCACUCACUGGCGCAGGCACGCGUGGUGUUCGGUCCACGUCGCUCCGUCGCAUCAGCGUCGACACACAGUACUCACAGGAGUUGAGCGGGACAACACUGCACCUCGACAUGACGGCUGCGAUUGGCACGCCAAUGUACAUGGCACCAGAGGCACUCAUGGGCCACAAGUACAGCUUUGAGGCGGACGUGUUCAGCUUUGGCGUGCUGAUGUGGGAGGUGGCGACCCAGCGACCACCGGACUUGAUCGAGCAGGAAUUGGGCGAUGAUUAUUGCGGGUCGCUCCUUGACACGAUGCGACAACUCCUGGCAGCAGGCAAACGCCUCAAGUUUGCCGACAGCGACGUUGUGCCUGCAUGGUACCAGCGCCUCACGCGUGCGUGUGUGCAUCAGGUGCCAACGCUUCGCCCGCCCUUCACGCAAGUCGAAGCAAAACUCAUUGCGCACCCCAGCGCUCACGAUGACGCCGAUGAUGAUGCCGAUGCGUGA